AUGUGGAAACGACGCGGCGGUCGCAGCUCGGCUCUGGACCGAGCUCAGGCGCUGCUGUCCGGCAAGAGGAGCAGCGGAGGAGCCGCCGAGUCUGUGGAGGAGUCUGCGGCCCAAACACGGGGACACACGGGUGUUGUUGGUGAAUCUGUGAAAACCAGACCUGUUUCCCCAAACACACACCUGUUUUUGUCAGAUCUGAGCGACCUGUCCUCAGUCAGCUCAGCACCUGAACAUGGACCUGCUGACACCCUGGACUCUGCUGCUGCUGCUGCUGCUGGGAAGAACCAGGGAAGAGAGGGCGACUCUACAAAGGACCUCAGACCUCAGAGCUCUCUGGGUGGAGGCGGGAGCAGAUUCCUGAAGAAAGCUCCACCACCUGUAACCAUCAGCAGCCAGUCACCUGUCAGGAAGGGCCACAUCCAGCAGGACCCUGCACCCAGGAGUGUGUCGUCUUCCCAGCGAGGCUCUCAGACUGCUGCUUUGACGAGACUGGCUCAAAUUGAGAGCCGCAUCCGCAGCCGAAUGCAGGUUCAGGAGCCAAAACCUGCUGAGAGUCUAACCUCUGACCUGAGAAUCUCACCACCAGCAGCCGCCCCGACUCCGGAGGCGUCUGUGCAGCUCUCAGCGCAGCCCAGCAGUGACCAGAGCCCGAGGGGGAAACGUUUCCUCAAGAACAGGUCGGGCAAAGCUGCGGCUGCGGCUGCUGCUGCUCGGUCUCCAGAGGCUGCAGAUGUUGGUGUCAGGUCCAGGUCCAGGUCCAGGUCCAGAGCUGCUGAUGUUCCCUCAGCAGAGAGAGCUGUGAGUCUGGAGAGUGAUGAAGAGGACAUGAGGAAGCUGCUCGGAGACUCGUUUGACUCAAUAGACGACAGCAUCAACAUACCAGGGAGGCCGUCUGUGAAAAGAACGGCAGACAAGACGUUGAGCAAAAACAGUCGGAGGAUCCGCUCCUCACCUCCUCCCGCUGCUGUCCGUCCCUCCUCAUCCUCCAACACAGCACCUCCUCGCUCUCCUGCGUCUCCUCCUCACUGUGGUUCUCCUUUUCGAUUCACCGGUCAGGCUCAGGCCCGCUUCAGCCCCUCUGUGCUCUCCCCAACCUCCUCUCCUCCCCGCACCUCCCCAUCUCCUCCAGGGAGACCGAACUCCUCUCAUCACAGGGCGGGGAGUCCACAGCGCUCCCUGUCCUCCAUGUCCGGCCGCGGGGAGGUGGUCUCUCUGGAGGAGCUCUUCUCUGUCGGGCCUGAAGAUCCCCACAGCGAGGCGAGUUCAGUGACCUCUGAAGGUGAGAGCUGAGUCGACUUAAAAUCAGCUGAGUUCUCCUCUGAGUUUACCACUUAUUGUUUUAACCCUUUGAUCAAAAAAACAUAAAAAAUGA